GUUGAAGAGCUUAUUUGGGUACGUCGUCAACCUUUCAUCAUAUAUAUACAGAUCGUGUGCACGCGUCGGCAGUAUGCUGUGCUGCCAUGUGAUGUCCCUGUCUGCCAGGGCCCUCUCGUCAACCCACAUGCAGGCAACGCGAGAGGCGCCUGGCGGACAUCGGAUUCACAGCACGCACCACCACCUCAGUGCGUAGCUCAAAGGUAGGUACAUCAUCAAUCUCGGGGUCACAGAUACACACGUGCGAGCAUUACACAGUCGCACCCAUCCCGUCUAGAUAGUCUAUCUAAGAUGGUCAGCGUGCCCCUCUCGCAAGCACCAGCCUGGCCAUGAAGGGAGGAAUGCGAUCAGCGUCCUCGAGACCCUCACCCUGACAACACACGCACGUCAUUGACCACACGAGCCGUACGUAUCUGAACAGCAUGCCCUGCGAAGCUCACCCUCUCAUCAAAGUCCGUCCGCACCAGCGCAUACCGCCGGCUGCCGUGGCCCUUUGCCAGCGUCAUCUGGAACACCGUGCAUCGGUUCUCGGUGGUCGAGCGCAAUGUGAAUGUGCCGAUAUCGUCAUAUUGCUGGGGCUGGGGGGGUGGUAUCGCUCGAGAGGGGACGGGGGCCACUGGCGAUGCGGACGGCGAUGGGAGGGGGGGAGGGAGACGGGGCGACGGUGUGGCAGCACCAGGGGAAGAAUCUGCCGACAUUAAUGAAAGAGAGAGGGAGAGAGAUCACCAUUGGAUCGAUGCACCGAUGCGUGGUCUGACUGUGUCGCUCGAAAUCGACUUUCCACCCGAGCAGCGUUUUGAUGCCCUCACGAUACGCCCUGACGACAACACCAGAUCGGACAAGAUCGAAUCAGAUCAAAUCUGCCUGUCCGCCCUCUCCAUCUCUAGGUUCUCACUGCAUGGUGUUCUGGUAUUGCGUGUUUCUUCGUUUCUCUUGAUCCACUCGUCUGCGACAUUCGUCCAGGUCCUCUUUGAGCGACCGCACCUGGUUUGUCAACGACUCCCUCUCCUUCUCCAUACGCACCUGCACACACAUAGGGUAUGACAGGCAAAUGGUGCCGCUGUCUGUCUGUCUGUCUGUCGUGUGCGCGUCGCGUACUGUGUCUUUGUUGCCGGAGUGGCCGUCAGUGCCUUUGCUGUGUGGUGCUCGGUCGGGGUCUGGGAAGGAGGGGCUGCCCUUGAGGCGGGAGCGCUCCUCUGCAUAAGCUGCAUGCGAUGGUCGGGCGGCAUCGGUGUCGGCCCCUGCCAGUGAUCUUGCCUCGCGCAGCUCCUGAUGGACGCAUGGAUAACAUUUGCCACGUUUCACCCUGCCUACAUCGGUUUCAGUCCUGCACCUGUUGCAGCCGCUUGUUCUCUUGUUCCAACUCGGCGAUCCGUGACCUGUCGCGAGCGCUAUGCGGGGGCUGACAUGAGCGACGGGGAGAUGACAUGCCAAUAUGUAUGGGCCCACAUGUGCCUGCCUUGUGUGGAUGGCUCAUGCAUUACCUGCUGGUCGGCUACGACGCGUGUGCCUCGAGAAGGCGACCUGUCCUUCUGCCUGGCAAACACACACAGAUGGACGGACCAUUGAUUGGACGGUGUCCUGUGUGUGUCGGCAGCUACAUGCCUACCGCUGUCUUUGCGUCUGUUUGAGGUCCUCGCGCAGCCUCUGCAUCUCACGCUCGUGAGCUGAUAUAUGGACAGAUCCAGACAGAGGUCAGUCGAGCAUGGAAUACCGCCGGAUGGAUGCUUUCCAAGGCCUUUGCUUUGGUACCUCUUGCCUCCUGCUUGGCGGCCUCCGUGAGGCGCUGCGUGCACACGAACGAAAAGAACAAGAAGAUGAAGAACACGACACUUACACUAGGUACCUAGAUACCUUUCUGUCCUCCUCGUAUCUCUUGGCCUCGGCCUUUCGCUGGUGGAUAGAUACCAACACAGACAGCACACAUAAUGACAUCAUGUGGUCUUCCCGGGUCGGUGUAUAUCACAUCACCGACCGACACACCCUGUCUAUCUCUUCUUGCAGCCUGCGGUCGGCGUCCUGAAGCUCAGCGAUGCGAUCAUUUGUCCGACGGUCGUCCGCCGACGGAGCCUGCAUGGCAUGCAUACGCACAAGAACAAACACCUUGGUGUUGAUAUGAUGCAAGUGUGUUGUCAGUCACCUGUUCUAGUUUCUUCUGCAGGUUUGCGUAUCUCUGUUUGUGCUCUUCCGCCAGCUCCUUCUCGAGCACCAGCUCCUCAGCCUUGGCGGCACACUCAGACCUGCAGGAAAUACAUACCCGCCCGCCACAGACCAAACGAACCGCCACGUCACGCGUACUCAUGUGGGUGCCUGCCUGUGCAUCCGUACUGACUUGGCCUCGUCGUGUUCCUGCUGCAGGAGGUUCAUCUGCGCCUCGAGAGAACAACACUCUGCACACACGACAGACACCUCUCACGUUCGCGUGCUGUCGAUUGAUUGCAUCGCUUGGCUGAGUGUUUAGUUACUUGAUCUCAGCUGAGUGAGUUCCUUCCUCAUGUGGUCGGAUUGCUCCUUGGCCCGCUGCUCAGACUCCGCCCGCGCCCUCGCCUCUCGGCUCGUCACAUCCUGCCUGCGGACCGGGCACACAUUUGGCGAUAUGAUUACACGCAGGAAUGGAAUGUAGGCUGUGCAGUUGUGUCGUGCAUUUGCGUAGCUUACGAGUGCCUGAGCUCCUCUACGAGCGACUCUUGGCGUGACGCAUGCUGUUUGACACACAGGCAUGGGCAGGUGACCUACGCGCUUACACGUCUGUGUAUGAGUGCCGGCUGCCCACCUCUUGCGCCUCCCUGAGGCUGGUCUGCAGCUCCCUCACUCGCCCUUCCAGCUCGUCACACCUCGACUCAUAUGGACGAUGGCGCUCCAACUCGGCCAGCGCAUCUGCACAGAGAAUGUUGAUCAACACAAUGCACAUACAAUACACAGACGGGCGUGCGUACGUACCAUCUCUCUCUCUGAUGACGUCCUGGUGCCUUCUGCCGUUGCGCUGCAUCUGGGCGAUUGCAUCGCGGGCAUCGGCAAGGCUCAGAUAAGGAGCUCUCUCGCGCAACUCUGACAGCUGAACACAAGACAUCCACACGCACACACACGGGAUCAUCGUGCUUGUGGAAUUCUGCUGUUUGUUGACUACGUCUUGGGAGCUGAAUUCAUCGACGCAGUUGACAAUGUCCUCGAGUGAUCGUCGUAGGCUCCUCGUCUCCCAUGCGCUCCCAGGCCCGCCAGACGGCGGCCGCAUCGCAACAAACAGCGGCAACACACGUGGCAACACAAAUUGCUGAGGUGCGAUGCUCGCGGCGACCGAGGAUUCUUUCAAGUGCUGUAUACCAUUAAGCCCUAG